GAAAGCGAGGGACCAAAUGAUUGUGAAGAAGGGCGGCAGCCGCCACCGCCGAGAGAGGAGCCAGCCGCGGCGCAGCGGCAGCAGUCCCGGCAGGAGACCCGACGCCCGCGGAGCCCGGCUCCCCCCCGGCCGGCUGGGCGGCGAUGGCGGCGGGCGGAGGGCGGCAGGCGGGCCGCCGGCCUUAGGGCGCGGGCGGCGGCGGGGCUGAGGCGGGCUCCCCGCCCGCGGGCGCCGCAUGGCGCGGGCCUGAUGCCGGAGCGCGGCCCGGCGCCGCGGCGGCGCUGCGGGAGGAGGAUGGCGGGGCUGGCGUGGAAGUGGCCGCGCACCCGCCUGCCCGUGGGGGCCAGCGCCCUGGGAGUCUUCGUCCUCUGCUGGCUCUACAUCUUCCCCGUCUACCGGCUGCCCGACGAGAAGGAGAUCGUGCAGGGGGUGCUGCUGCAGCAGGGCAAGGCGUGGAGGAGGAACCAGACUGCGGUCGCCGUCUUCAGGAAACUGCUGGAGGAAUGCUGUGACCCUGGGCAGCUCUUUGCUAUGACAAAGCUGAAUUCCCCGAUGGGAAAGAACCUCUGGUUUGAUGGGGAAUUUUUAUAUUCUUUCACUAUUGACAAUGCAACUUACUCUCUCUUCCCACAGGCUACUCCCUUCCAGCUGCCACUGAAGAAAUGCUCCGUGGUGGGAAAUGGUGGGAUCCUGAAAAAGAGCGGCUGCGGCAAACAAAUAGAUCAAGCAGAUUUUGUCAUGCGGUGCAACCUUCCUCCUCUAUCCAGUGAAUAUAGCAAGGAUGUUGGAUUGAAAACCCAGCUGGUGACUGCAAAUCCCAGUAUAAUUCAGAAAAGGUUCCAGAAUCUGCUGUGGUCUCGAAAAGCGUUUGUGGACAGUGUGAAGGUGUAUAACCACAGCUACAUCUACAUGCCAGCCUUCUCGAUGAAGACGGGGACGGGACCCUCCCUACGUGUCUAUUACACCCUGGAGGACUUCGGUGCCAAGCAGGCGGUCCUUUUCGCCAACCCUAAUUUCCUGCGUGACAUUGGCAAGUUCUGGAAGAGCAAAGGUAUCCAUGCCAAACGGCUUUCCACGGGACUUUUCCUAGUCAGUGCCGCCCUUGGUCUGUGUGAAGAAGUAACAAUUUAUGGCUUCUGGCCAUUCUCGGUGGACCUGCAUGGGAAGUUUAUUAGCCAUCAUUACUAUGACAAUGUCUUGCCGGAUUCUGGAUUCCAUGCUAUGCCGGAGGAAUUUCUACAGCUCUGGUUUCUUCAUAAAAGUGGUGUACUGAGAAUGCAGCUAGAACCAUGUGAGGACCCUUUAAUCCAGUCUUCUGCCUGAAGAUCGUAGGAGUCAGUUUGGGAGAUCCAAUAGUUUUUAAUUUCCAUGCUCUCCAACAGAGAGUUCUGUUUUCUGUUGAUUCUUUUUAAAGGGAAAAUAAUCGUGGAUCUGCAUGGACCAUAAUGCUACCAAUGCUACUUGAAAGCCAAAUGGAAUACGUCCUUAAUGUGUAGUGCUUUAUGGAACUGGGGUGAGGGAAAGUGAAUCUCUCCAUCGAGUCCAUUCAGCAGCAUUGUGAAAAUAAUGUCAGAAGCAGCACAGCUGAACUUUCUGUGGGACAUUUUUCAAUGACCGAUGUAAAAAGGGCAUUAAGGCUCAGAGAGACACAGGGCCACCCACAAGCUUUUGCUGACAGUGCCAAAUAUGACUGUCUGUUCAAAAAUCCAUUUCAUUCCAGAUUGGCACCUCAUAAAACUUUCCUUUUUCCUUUUUUUUUGUCCGCUGUGUGUGGGGGUGUGUGUGUAGGAGAGCAUGUGUGUGUUGUUGACUUUCUUUGUUUCUUUCCUUUUUCUUUUCCUUUUUUUUUUCUUUUACUCUUUUUUUCCCCCGCAAUGGAAGGAAAAGGAAAGGCCUAAAAGCCCCAGGAGCUGAGUACCAUCAACUCCUCCAAAGGCUCUUGGGGGAGUGAAGGGUGCUAAGAAUCUGGUUAGAAGAAUGUCCUAGGAAUGCCCUGCCUCUGAGUAUGGGUGGAGCUACUUGCUGCAGGUUUUAUCAGGAUAGUUUAGGUCUAAUGCUAUACUGUGGGCAAGAGCUGGUUAAGGGAAAUUGGUCUGAAAAUAAAACUUGUGCUACAAAACCAGUAGUGAAGUGCAGCCUGGUUUCAGCUGACCUGCUGCAAGAUUGCCACAGUGACUUUUGUAGCAGGGAUGGUUCCUGACCUGUUCUGCUGUCCAGCUUUGGAGGUUAAUUCUGUAUUCAUUUGGACUCCAGAUGUUCGUUGACUGUCAACGGGAUUUGAGGUGUUCAGUGGAAUGCAGAAUGAGGUUCUUCAUUUGCUUAUAGCAGAAAAAAACUGCAGAAAUGAAUGUAAGUGUCAUUUAAAAUGAGUUGAAGCUUUGAAAAUCCUUUCUCUCUGUGUGACUAGCUCUUCCGCUUGGAUUGUAACGUUAGCCUUAAAGACUUGUACUUUUCUCGCAAGAUUGUCUCUGGUUAAAGAUAGUCUGAAAAAUAAAACAGCCUCUGGGAGCACUGAAAAACUGCAUAGCCAGCAAGAAAAAAGUAAAAAAAGGAAACGGCAGGCCCUUAUGUAAGGCAGCCUCUCUCCUUGCAGUGGGUGAAUUAUGUCAGUGUGCGUGUUGCACGCGUGCUGCUCCGGCCAGCGCAGCGCCUGAAGGACUGUUUUAUUUUGGGUUAUUACUUGGGCAGCAGAUGGUCCUAUUGCCAUGUAAAUGAGAAAUCUUUUUGUUUGUUUGCUUUGGUUUAGCACUGUAGGACAAGAAGAGAAUACCAGCUCAGUCCACGGUGCAAUUUCAGCUGCAAGAUGUUAUCACCAUUAACUUUAACAUCCAGACCAGUGUUCUCUUUCUUAUCCUUCCAUCGUUAGUAGCUGAAAUUCUAGUCAAAGUGUGGAAACAACAAAACUGUCGUUGAGUUUCCACAACAAUUUCCUGUGCUGCCUGUUUUAGCUCCAAAGUGCUAGUAUUUUGGGGGAUGUGUCCUAUCAUAUGUUGACAACAUCUCUCUUUGUAGACUACCAGCUGCAAGUUAUAUAGAUAUAAUUAAAAAAAAAAAAAGCAAAAUCCGUGGCUCUUCUUUAAAUAUGAAUAAUUCAACUGUCUAUGUAGGACACUGGAAAAAAAAAAUCAUGUUUUGCUUUUUAAACCUAUGUUUCAUAAUAAAAUCUUCUUUCUAAAUAUGGAUAUUCCAAGCAUAAAGUGGGUACUGUUUCAUAGGGUUACAGGGCAGUCCUAAACUGUAACGUGGAGAUCUGGAUUAAAUAGUGUUCUAGAGAUUGUUCUGAUAAAAUCCAAAUGUGCUUCUAUAACCCAUUUUAUCUUUGUCCAUAUUUUUGUUAAAAGUACAGUCAACUGGCUGAUGGAACACCACUUGAUAAUUUGUUCCCUUGCAUUACGUUUGUUUUAUGUAUGAUGUGGAUACUUGGUGAGGAAGGAUUUGAAAGUAAAAUAUUUUCUUUACCACUUGUUAUGGCAGAAUUUUACGGAGCUGCCUUUCUUGGAGAAGAAGAGAUGCCUGUAUAGUUUUUAUUGUACAUGUCAAGUUUUGCACUUUUUAGUGCUUUAAAGAUGACAUUAUCUAUGAGAACAACAGUAGAAAUAUGGUGUGCUAAAAUGACACUUCAGUUGGGGGUGGGAGGGAAUGAGGAGAGUAGGGGGAAACUGCCUCUUUGCUGGUAAUUUUUUUACAAAUACUUGGGAAUUUAGUUCUGAACCUCUCUGAUGGCUCUCCAACCCUUUGGUAAUCCUUUUUUCCAUGUCUUGGGAAAAUAGAUUAGAAAAACAAGAGAAAACCAUGUUUUUUUGUAGGAAAACUCAGUGCAGUGUUUCAUAAUGUCUGGCUGUUUGGUGCCCUGGGUAUCUGGAGAUGCCGUAUUCCCCACCUCUGUAAGACUGAGGCAGACUGAACCUGUAGCCUGUGGUCUUUGUGAGUCCCUUCUGAUGUCUGCAGUCCUGACGUUUUGCAAGGAGAUAGCUUCCAAAAAAUUAUGCGGGUAGGAGGGACCCAGGCUGUGUGCGAUGUGUGACUGGUGUUGGAGAAAUUGAAAAUUCUGACUCUGUUCACAUUUAUGUAUAGUGAAUAUAACUGCAUCUUACAAAGGCAACCACAUUUGAUGGCUUGUAAAGGCUUCGAGGAUAAAUAAUUUUCUAUAACUUCCAGAAAACUGGCAGCUGAGGAAAGAAGAGAAACAAAAAUAAAUGCCCCUUUUGAAAGAGCAAAAUCUGUUUUAGCUGGCUGACUUACCAGUCCGUGCAAACACACUGGCCAGCCUUUGCCCAGCAAGUAAAGAGAGAAGCGAGAGGGUACUGCAAGUGUUUUGUGGCAGAAGUAGUAACCACAAAAAAAAAAAAAAAAAAAAAAAAAAAAAAAAAAGAGAGAGAGAGAAAACAGCUGGGAACAUGAGAGUGGCAGCUGCCUGACAGAAAUCUUGGAGAAAAUAGGCUCGGUCCAUGCUGCUGCUCAGCGUGAGGCUUACCUUGUCUAAAUCUAGGGAUGGGGGCGGAUCCAUGUAUAGGAUCAUUGACGUGAAUUAUGGCAUUGCAUGCAAGGGGCUGAAGUUGUAUCCUUCUUCAGGAGGGAGGUCACACCAUGGGCUAGGACAAUACUUCUGCUUAAAGACAGGCACAGUCAAAUCCAGGAGGCUAACUCUAAGUGUUAACCAUGAGAAAUCAGCAUCUCGCAGGCAUCGCAAACUUUGGUCAGAGUGAUUACAUCCAUCCAGCAUUUACCUAUUGAUUGAUUCCAGUCCAUUGAUGGCAAUGCCCUUCAUCAAAUCUUGUGUUGCUGUAUUUUCCUUGAAGUGAAUUGAAAUCUUAAUGUUUAUUUUGUUAGUGAAAUUCCCUACUCUACCUUCUCUAUUUCCACUGCUGGUCCCUGAUUGUCUCUGAUAGUGAGGCUAAAGCUGCAUAAGUCUUUGCCAGGUUGAAAGCUACGGCAAUUCACCUUUAAUAAAAACUAGUUCAGACUGGUCAAACUGUUUGUUAAUGUUCCUAGUUAUUAAUGUUAUCAUAGAGGUGACAAGGUACAGAAGCACUGGAAUCAUUGCUAUGCAUAGGAAGCAUUGCCCCACAUUUGUAAGCAGAAUAAAUUAAAUUCCUUUACAAGAGCUGUGCAGGGAAGAUACUUGGUACUGAAAUAGCUCUAGAUAUAAUCUUUUUUGGGGUGUAUAUGCUUUUGAGUAAAUCAAGACCAAUUUUUGAACUUGCACCAUAACUAUGUAAAACUUCUCCUUUCUGUUGAUUAUGAAUCCUUUGGAGCCUCUUCUAAAACAGACAAGCAAAAGAGAAGCCAGUAAACUAAAAUCAUAGCGAAGGGAGGUGUGUGCUCAUGAGAAGAAAAAAAUUUAUAGUUUUGGGAAAGACUUUGCUAUAAUACUAAGGACUCUUAUUCAUGAAUGUUGUAUUUUUACUAUAUUUUUGCUGAAAUGAAGAUAGCAAGUUUGGGGUGAACCAGCUACAAAUGUCAAAGGUCCAAGCCUCUGUUACAGCUUAACUUUUGUAGAACAUAGAAAAUAUUGUCUGCUUUGUUGACUUGACUGCUUUCACCUUUUUGUUAGGUUCAUCAAAAUGGUGUCAUAGCAUACACUGCUGAGUUUGCACCUCUGUGGGAGCUGAAGCUAAGCAAAGCAUCUGACUUUUUUUAAACUAAAUGUCUGUACUGUGGUAGUUAAGUUAUGUAAAACCCUUCUUCUAUACAUCUUCAUGGAAACUGGUUUAAUAUCAGGUUCAUCCUUGCCUGUAAUUAAUAAGGAGAGCGGGAGUGAGGAAACUUCUGACCUAGAAGUGAGGAUGAUGAAGGAGGUGAAUGCUCUCUCACCAUUUUCUGCCUGCUUUGGUUCUUUUCUUCAGCUCAAUAGAUUAGAAAAUAUUGGAAGAAGUCCAGGUUAUAUGAAGGACAGGGAGUUCUUGAAGAGCUAGAUGAUGCUGGAAAAAAGGAAGAUCAAAUCAGUGGUCUAACAAAUUGGAGUGUAGCAAUUCUUGAUAAAGAUCCCCAGUUCUCAGCAACUGUAGGACAUUUUCAUCUGGUAGUGACUGUGAAAAAUGGACUACCUAUGUCCUACCAAUGGUUUUCUGCAGGACGGCAGCAACACAAAAUGCUGUGAGGAGGGGUAACUCUCAUUAAACAGAAAGGGAAAUAGAAUGGAACAAAGAAUGAUGAUGAAAAAUCUGUCUUUCCCUUCUCUCCUUCCACUCCCCCCCCAACAUAUGUAUAAAAUGGACUAACCAGCUGUUUUCCUAAGUCACUGUGUCCUUCAUGAAAGAAUAUGGUGGGAUUUCCAUUAGCUGAUAUUUUCUAGUAAACAAAAUUCAUCAGACCUUGUCCAGAAAUGCCAAGUCCCUUGCUCCAUGGCUGUCUGGGGGAUGCUCUGGGGGCUGUGACCGUCAUGGUGUGCUGUGACCUCCCUAAUGGGACUUGCUCCUAAUGUCAUGUGGUUCCAUCAGAUCUCCCUCUGGGAUCAUCUGGGCUUGUAUUUCUGCCCCAAGAAGUCAUCCUAAAGGACCUUCCUGCUCUAUCCUUCCUGAUGACCAUCCUCCUUGGGGUUAGAAGUGUGAUUUAAAAAUAUGAGCCAUAAGGUAGCUAAUAUACUUUGUCAUUUUGAAUUAUCUUUUUUUCUAAAGUGUUGAUAAAUCCAACAAGAGUUAGCUCCAAAUCAAAAAUCCGACUUCAGUUGUGUGUUGGUAAUUCCAUCACUGUGGAACGGACAGAGAACAGAAGGCGGCUGUGUUUUUCAAAGCGAUUAUUGUAACAUAGCUUCCCUUUCAUUGAAUUCCCGGAUUUUUCACUUGGAAUCUAUCAGAUGUUUGACUUUUUGGUAGUUUUUGAACAGAACAAUUAGUAAAAGACUUACUGGCCUUUUUGUUAAGUAUUAGCAAACUCAUUUUCCUAAGUGUAACACAAAUACCCAACAGGAGGCUUAAUCUGUCCUCCCUAGCUGAUAUUUCUUUGGCAGCACUGAGAACUUAAACAGCUACUUAUUCCUCUCUGAUUAUUCAUUUUCUUCUGUUUUUAUUACAGCAGGUUGAGCCCUAGUGUAUUCAGCCUCUUCAGCUUAAUGCAUGUACUUAUAAAUGAAUCUCACUCUGACUUUUCAGCUGUAAAAAAAAAAAAAAAAAAGAAAAAAAGUGUUGUUGAUUGAAAAUGGUUGCAUAGAUUCUCUCUACAAUUAGGAGAGACAGAUACCUCCAGAUGAUGAUCCGUGCUUUUUCUGAACAUGGGCUGCAUUCAGAGGUCUCCGCAGGACUGUGGAAACACCCCAGCUGUGCCUGUAAGGCUAAGCUGUGCAGGGCAGAGCACGAACUUUGGCGUUUUCCCUGGUGCUGUAUGGUUUGCUUGUGAGCAUACUGCCGUGGCUUUGUCAGGCGCCCGCCGAUGCCGUCCUAACCGGUGCUCGGGCCCUGCAUGGGGCGGGGGAUGCAGCUCAGUGACCCGCUCCUGGUAGUCCGUGCAGAUGAUGCCAGCCCAGUCUGAGGGGUUCAGCCAGCCCUGGCGUGCCGCUCGCACUCAGGGACAGCGAGUAGUCCUCACCCGCGUGAAGGCAGCAGGUACGUUCAGGGCAGUAGCACGCAAGGAUAAGGCUGUCGACGGCUGCUGGGACUUGGCAGUCACUGGAGUGACUUCAUCUAGAUCUGACAUGGGUACGAUUCAGCAAGUGCUGUUGCAGACCAGGUCCUAGAUAAUUACCCGUGGCAAGGUUAGCCCUCUCCUGCUUCACAGUCAGAAGGGCUGGGCUUACUGGAAUUGACAGCAGCUCAUCCCUUUGGAGACCAGCCUGCUUCUUGCCCUGAAACGCUUUUGAUCCCUGGCAAGUCUCGGAAGGGCCUAUUAAAACUGCAUCUUAAAAUAAUCUGUGUCUACUCCUUGCUGCUAUUGAGUUGGUCAGCUUUCUGCUGAGCUAAAUAUUUAUCCUGUUUGGGUCCCUCCAAGGCAAGUGAACCUUUAGCACUUAGACCACCUGGAACUUAAUGUGUUAUUUAGUGUCUUCGCCUUUCAAGUUACACCCCCCCCCCCUUUUUUUUUUAUUAGAGUAGAUUUAAGUAUUGUGAGUGAAUCCAAAAUGAGUAUAAGAAAGCAACACCACAAGUAAUUGUUCUCUGGGUUUAUGAAUAAGCUGGUGUUCAAUAAAACACUAAAGUACAUUUUGAAUAGUUCCUGUUGAUUUCUAACUGUAUAUUCAAUGAAUUGCUUUGCUCAGAUGGGGCCCAUAGCAAAGAUGAGUUGCAUCAUUUUCUGUUUAUUUGAAGGGAACAAUUACAGAUGUGUAAUUUCUUCUAAGCUAAUUUUUUACCAAGAAAGUAGGGAAUCUACAUAUUCUGUGAGAAGCUUUGUUAUUGUGUGAUUACCUUAGUAGUCAAGGAGACAUUUUCACUGAAAAUAGAUGCACAGAGGAAAAGAGGUUUUGUUUAGAACAAUAUAAUCUGGAGCACUGAGACCCAGAUACAAGUUUCUGCUUGGAGGUCUUCGACCAGGAUCUCAGUGUGCUGCGAGAGUGCCAUAAUCAUGACUUCUUUUUUCUUCUCUGCACGUAUUGAUUUUUGUAGAAAAUGCUUGAACACUUUUUUUAUAAUCCCUAUGUGCACUGGAAAUAAACACUCCUUUUUUUCAAGAGCACAAGUUUUCUUUUCGGAUACCCGUAGCUUUUAGUGUGCGGAGCAAAACUGACAAGAUGUCCAGUUUUCAGGAGAACGCCAUUUUGGAGUAGUCUGGCAGGGCUCCGCCAAACACAUGAGUUGUUGAUUGCUGCCUCUUGAGCUGUAGAGUUUCAGCAGAUGAUACAGAGUGUGCUGCACUGACAAUAAAAAAAAAUAUUUUAGUCGCAGCUCUGCCUGCUUGAUGUCUCCCACAUGCUGAGUGGUAUUUCUUAGUUCUGUGAGGGCUCUUCAAGCGUGGACUUUGAUCCUGAAGAUCAUAUGUUGACUAAUUUUAAAGGACCGGACUUUGAAUGUACUGAAAACCUGAAAUGAGCAUUGAAAUAACAUGAAAUAAGUCCUUAAGUGUACGAUGUGGUCAUGCUGGAUUAUUCGGCCUGUUACAAAACAGACCUGUCUGUAUGCAAGAGCCGUUUUAUCUGAGUAUGAGACUUGUAUCUAUGAGGUCACUGGAAGGUGAAUGCCUGAUGCUGCAUAGGGCAAGGGCUUCCAAAAAAACAUCCUCUGUUUUUAUUCAUACCAGUAUUGAAAUCCCCAUUGAGCCAAUACUGGUUUAGGUCAGCAUUCAGUGUUCUUGAAACUCCUACCCCAUAAGCAUUUCCAAGAAUUCUUCCAUGCACAGGCAGAAAGAGUAGAUUUUUCUUUUCUUUGCGUGCUUCACCGUGCAUUGAAAAUGGAAUGAAGUGUCAAUCAGAACUCUUACUUACCCUUUCUAGAGGUCUCUCUGGACUACCUAAAUAAUAUGUAGGCACACAAUUUAUAAAUAUCAACGAAAUAGCUGAGAGCCUGGAAUUUAAAGCUCAAACACUGAUUAGUAUCCUGAAGAAUUGCUUUAAAAUCAUUUAGUGAAAAAAAAAUUGCACAAAUUUUACAUUUGAAAAAAGAUUGCUUCCCCCCCGCCCAAUACACCAGUAACUGACCAAACUAUGCUGAGAGAUGCGUGAGUGUUUCCCCUGGUUUCCAAGUUAUUCUACACUCUGUCUUUGUACUCAAGUCCAUACUUCUGCAGAGCUUCCAAUUUUAGACUACUCCAUGUGGUGUCCCUAGAUUAAAAAUUAAAUGUUAUACUCCUAAUGUAGUCAAAAAAAGAAAAGAAAAACAAACUCAGAGCAGAGGUUGGGAUCUUCUGAAGUCUGUUAGUGUUUAUGUACUGCCAUUUAAUCGUGUUGUCUAAAGAACUAGCCAAAGAUCAGAAAGGAGAUACAUAUGCAAGAUGACACAGUUUUUCUGGUAAAGAUAAAGGGAUGCAAGCAUGUAUUUAAAUACUUUGCUGAAUCAGGACCUCAAGUUACUAGCAGAUGUUAGGUCUUUAUUCUUUUGCUUCUCUUUCUCUUGUUUUUUGUGGUACCAGGGUGAAACCUGCUGCAUUCACAAGUCGUUUAAAAUCUCCUCUGCACUACGGUGAACUUUCCUCCAGGCUCUAAAUGUAAAAACAUAAGAGAGAGACAUAAACCACUUUAGGUUUAUUAAUACUGAGUGCAAGCAAGCUUGUAUGCAGUAUUUCACAUCUUCCUAGUACUAAUUACUGUAUUAACUCAGAAUUUCUGCUACCACUUACCUCAGAAUGUUUGGUAUCUUUCUUCCUGUGGUGGUUUCUCUGUCAGGUGAAUGGAGAUGAUAUUUAGCUCACUGGGAGAUGUUUUGAUAGUUAACUCAUGCUUGGGAAGUAAAGUGAAAAACCAGAAAUUUUAUAAAAUAUAAAGGUUUAUCUGUUUUGAACAGUGAAAAUAAGCGAACAAAUAAACCUUUUUAUCUGAGUGAAUUUAUGCUUCUAUGUUAAAAUCCACCCUCAUUGUCAGUAAGUACAAUAAGGACGUUUCCUUUGGAUAACGCAUAGAUUGUAGGAAAGUGAAAAGUCCUGCAUUUUAAUGAGAAAAGAAGGUUUGCCUCUCUCUGCCCUGCCCUUCAAGCUAUAAGCCAAAUUCUCUGUCUUACUGUUCUGGCUCCUGUCACAUCAGUAGAAUCGCCUAGAUUUUAACCAGCUGUCUACUCUCGAACCUGAGGGAAUCAAUCCUAUGAAGAUUUUAAAUCAGGAUAUUUUAAAGCAGUGCCGGAUUAUGCUACCUAGUUAAAGGUUCCUAUUCUGCAAGCUAUGGAUUUUUUCCACAAGUGUAGAGCGUGAGCUUUUUAUGCUAUUUGUUGGUUGUUGUUGUGAGGCAGAUAUCUUACUGCGUUUCAAACGUCUGCUGCGCUGAGGUGUCACAGUCUGAAAUCAGAUCACGAUCUAAGUCAUGUCCUUGUUUCAGCAAGUUGCAUAGAAGUGAUUCGUGUGCUGCUGUGUCUGACAAGUAUAUUGUAUGAGCCAAGUGAAAAGGAAAAAAAGGAUUUUGCUACAGUGUGAAGCUCCACCAUCGACUGGCUGUACCCGGGAAUUACAUAUCCUCAAGUAAUUUAUUGUGCAUGAUGGAUCCGAUGCCUGCUAAUGUUUCCACUAGGUGCCAAAUAAUUUUGUUAGACUUUAUUGAUGUAAUGAUAUGAUCUCUUCCCCCUACUAUUCAACUGCAGUUUUUCUUUUCUGAUAGUUUUUGCAGGGAAGAAAUCUUUCUUUAUUCUCUUUUUUUUUUUUUUUUUUUAAACGACAAUUUAUACCCAAGGCUCAAUGCUGGUCUCAGAUGCUGGUUGUCUUAAAAAUGUUGGUCUUAUGCUUUUGUCCUGUGCACAGUAUCUUCUUUUCAUAACACUAUGUAUGACGACCAACACUGAAGUCUCAACAAAUUAGCUUCCUCUUAGGUAUUAAAAGUCUUUUAGAACUGAAAAUUCUUCUGGCUUUCAUAAAACCUAGUCUGGCUGUAAGUGUCUUUAGGUUUUACCCUCGAUUGUAUGAGUCAAAUCUUGAAUUUUUGCAAUAUCGUAGUCAGGCAUCAGUAAAAUAUAAAUUAAUUUCCAAAAUUGCUCUCAAUCUCAGUGAAAAACAAGAAGUCUUUAAUAAACCUUUUUAAUUAACGGCCUGUAACUACCAUGGUGAUAAAAAUAUUUUUUAUUUUCAUUUUAUGUCUCAUGGAAGUUACAAGCUCAGACACGGAUAUAAACAACUCGAAUCAGUACCAAUCUAGUUGUCCUCUUGGUUUUGGUACAUGUAUUCUUUCCAGUGACCUUAUUAUUUUUCAUUUUUUCUUUUGUUCGCAUCUCAGUGAAUAUCUCUCAGAUUCUUGUCAACACCUAAAUUAUUACUAUGUGUAAUCUACAGGAAUUGCACUUAGUAAGGUUUCUGUUCCUCUGGAGAGUUUACUAGUAGCCUGAAUUUUAAACGAAGGGGGUUUUAUCCUCUUCUUGAGGGCUUUUGGGAGAUGCUCAGGGGUGCUGUCGGGGCUGUACCUUGCGCUGAGCUCUGGGGCCAGGCUGGCACAGGGAUUUGGAGUAGUAGAUUUGGGCUGCUGGGUGCUCACGGUCAGUGUUGCCGGCGGGCAGCAGAAGGUGAUACAAGCCCUGGGAUAAAGUGGUCCCAGCCCUUGCUUGCCAGAGGCUGAGCGGGAGCCGCUGCCGUCCGCUUCCUGCUGGGCGCUCCCUCCCCGGGACGCGGCAUGGGGCGCCUGGCGCUCCGACGCGGCCAGCCUCGCUGGCCCUGCUGGGAAGUGUAGCUGAAAAAGAGUGUCCCAGCUGGAAAUUCAUGGAGCAGCAGGGUAACGUCGUCCCCAGCUCUGCCCUUCCUGGUCCUGAGCAGGUCACCACCAGCUGGGUGCUGGGAGCUCCCCUUGGCCCAGUGGCUCCGCGCUGCAGCCUCCCGGUGCCACGCUGGAGCCAGGACGCCUGCUGAGGGAUGAGCCAGCAAGUGUCUGGGCCCUCUUGAAAGCAGAAGAAACUUCAACUACGACUGCUAGAGCAAUCAACAGAAAUAGCAAAGCAACUCCUUUUCCUUUGUUGUGGAAGGGAAGACAGCACAGAACAUUUUCCUGCCGUGCUUUAGCCACUCACAGGGCAAGAGCAAGAAGUUUGAAUGUGCAAACAGUUUGCUGUAAAGUCUGAUUUUUCACCCUGAGAAAUGUCUCCUAUUCUCAGUUAGAAACCUAGACUAUUAAUUCAUUUUUUAAAAUGGAUUUAUGGACAAAUAUGAGUAUCUAAGUUAGCAACUGAAAUCUUGUAGAGUCAUUUUCAUCUUCUCCAGCUCUGGCAGUUCAAGGUGACACAGCAAUUCUGCCUUCAUGCUGGAAAAAUCCUUUAAGGACUUGUAAACCUUUGUGUCAUGCAUACCAGACACCUGUGUCGGUGCUGGUUCCACCUGGCUCUUUCUGAAAGCUCAAGAGAAAAGCAAACAAACAAAGAUAUGAAGGAAAUUAAAGGUGCCUCGCUGUGAUAUUUUUAUAGAGCGGUACAUUGCUUUGAUAAUGAACUGUGAAACGUAGCAUGCGGAUGAUGAUGAAUGUAAAAGACUGCAUGUGUUUUUAUUUGAAUGUCGUGUCCAUGAGCUGGAUUAGUAGUAUGAGCUCUGUAGUGUAAGAAAGAGAAAUAAAAUGGAAAGAAGAUAUUUCUAGCAGUGAAUCACAUUCUCUUUCAUCUAUCUCCCUUUUCACGACCAGACUCAGAUUCCAGUGAUGUAAGCUUUAUCAUUAUGAUGGUAAUAAGCAAACUGCUGUCUUCCUAAAGUUCAAUACGCUUCCUUUCAGCAUGGUAAGGGAAAAACUAUUUGCAUUUCCAGCAGAUCAGACUUCUUCCCAGGUGUGGGCCCCUAGGGCUGCACUGGCUAGGAGAUCGGUGGGGCUCGCUGGUGGUGCCAUACCGUGUGCUUCCUGCCCACGGAAUUCAAUAGUCUGUUCCUGGGCCAGGAGAUAAGUGACUGUGGUUUGGUACAGUUGCUUGCUUAUGGCUGGAAGCUGAAGUGCAAGCUAAAAUGCUGUGAGCUCUCUUCCAUUUCUUGUAGGCAUAGACAUGCACGCAACUCGAGGAAGGAGUUUAGAGCUUGACUAGAACAGAAAUGGGCCAGGCAAAGGCUUUUCCAAAUUAUUAAUUUUGCGUUUACCUGACUGAGGUAUUCAUGAGAAGUCAGUGAUUUCAGGAGGGACUGACAUCUGUUCCCUUAUCCCUGAGUUACAGCGAUGCUGAAAUACCUGCCCAGCCGCAGGGGCCCAGGGAACCCACAGCUGGCUCAUCACCUGGGGUCAUACCAACUCCCUGGUGUUUUGCUUUUGGAACAAAAUAGGUUAUCUGAAGGCAAGCAGCCCAGGAAGCAUUGCUUUGAAGGAUCAUGAUUGGCUUCUGCUUGCCUCCACCUGUAGCUGCAAGGUGCCUGCUCUCGCCUUCCCUGUCGUACCAUCUGCUCAUCUCAGACCUCCUGCUUUGUAGCUGACCCUGUCUGCAAGUCUGGCUCCGAGAGAGGGCAAGCCUUCCUCCCGGUGGAGUGCUCAAGCAAGUGAUGCUUGAAUCAAUGGUGAAACAUACCGUACCAUAAACGUAUGUGUGGAAGGAGCUCAGUGGUUGGGUAAAACAAGCUGACUUGGGAUCACUCUGUGGUUUAUAGUACUGCUGGUGUGCAAUAGCCCAGGCAGGACAAAUGCAAGGUGUCUCCUGACUCCUUAGGACUGGGCAUAAUUGCCAUUUUUGCUCUCUCACCCAGUAUUUCCAAAGGAGCAAUGUGAUGUGGGACUUCGGUGUUAGCUGGUGAAUUUUGCCCUUGCGUAAUCCUGUAUUUCAAUUUGUGUUCCUCCUUAUGUUGCCCAGCUUAUUGAAAAAUGUGAUGGUAAUGUGGUAGUUCAAUGUCUUGAGAUGGUUUUAAAGUGGAUAAGCAAACCAUUAUGCCUCUGAGGUUGCAUAAUUCCAUGGAUUUGUCUUACCUCCAGUGACUGGCAUGUAAUAUUUAUUGUAUCAUUUAUGAUGUAUGUAAGCUUUACAGGCUGGAUGUUGUGUCAAAAUGAUGUGAGCACUUGGGUAAACAUCUCCUUGAAUCACCAUCAUUUUGGCACGCUUGGGGGCAAAGGUACUUGUGUGGAGUGUGUUAAACAUCACAAAGCGUGUUGUUGUUUAGAGUCUUGUGAUUAGGGCUUCGAUCUAAUUCUCUCCAAUGUAGCAAAUGUUUGCUGUCGGCUAACACUGUUACAAGGACUAAGGGUUUAUCUUUCUUUACCCGGCAAUAAUGUAUUUUCUAUUAAGUCAGUAGAAUUUGUUCAUUUUCAAGUAGUGUGCAGUGCUCCUUUGAAGAAUGUCUUUUUCAGGUGGUUUCAUGGUGACUGUACCCCAAAACGUCUAGGUGUCUCUAAAUAGCAAAAAUUGCUUUGUUAUUGAAUGUAUUAUUUAUUAACAGUAUCUUGUUGUCUUUUUCUAGUCACAUUUUACAAAAUAUGCCACAAGCAUCUCAUGUGAUUUUUAUAAGGAAAGUCUUAUUUAUAAUAUUCGUGCAAGUGGACAGAAAAAAAAAAUAAUCUCAAUUUUAUAGUAGUCCAUGCCUUUUUUCAUAGCUGCAAAGUCUUCAUGAGCAUGCUCGGAAGGGACAGGCUCAUGGUUUUGUUUAAUUUUGAUGGAAUUUUUCAAAGGUAACUAUUAUGUUAUUUAUAAUUUGGAUUUAAUUAUCUUAACAAAUAAAUAUCUCCAUUUUAAGAAAUGAAAAUAGCAUUUGUGGGGCUUCUUUUUCUUCUCUUUUCCCCAUUCGCUAUCUCAGUAUGUCCAAACAAUCGAGGUCAUUUCCUCUUCCUCUUUAUGUUGUCCUGUAUAGUCUAUUGUCAUGUCAAGAUUUAUAUCCAUUGUCCUCAUCUGAUAUUUCUGGUUAUUCUGCUUACUCAAUUCCUUUUCUUUGUGGCUUAGUCAGUGAGACAAAUUUAUUUACAACGUUAGUCUGAGAAUUAACCUGGGGCUGAACCUGUACAUGUUUGCCUUCCCAGAACAACCCAGAAAGACAACUUUGGGUGCACGUGGGAAUCCCAAGGCGACACAGGCAUUUUGUCAAAGAGGUUCCCAUUCUGCGCUCAAAUCAGUGUAACUGAAUCCCACUUGCCUGGACUGGGUGUUCCAGUGCUCAGUCUAAUACUCACAUAAGAGUACAUUUUCUAAAAGCAAAUGAUGAAUCUAGUAUCUGACAUCUGAUUAACCUAGCUUAGAUGCCUUUUUAGAUUUUCAAGGCAGAUUUUCCAAGUGCAGAUUUUCUGUGCACAAGCCUCUUCAAGAUAGCUGGAAUUUGACACUGAGUUCCUUUUGAGAUUAUGAAAAUGUCCUCUCUCACUUUAAACCUCCCACCCCCCCCUUUAAAACCAAUGGGAGAGAUAGAAUGAUGGUCCUGGCCAUUCCAGGGACAGUUGGAGUAGGGUUCCUCAGCCUGGUAGAUAUAAAAAAGCAAGUGUCUCUGUCUAUCGUCAUUUUAUUGCAAGAAUUAUCCAUAGCAAAGAUGGUCUUUGCUAAGAGAAGAGGGAGAGAGAUGAAACUGCCUUUCCUUUAGCCACGCUUGUUCCUUUUCAGAAAAACUGACAAUUGAAGACAAGUGAGAGACCAUUUAACUUCCAUUUUACUUGAGUUUGGGCAGAUAUAAAUUGCGGAAGCCAGUUGAGGAUGACGUCCCAGUGAUUAUGUUUACGCUAGAAAUCCUCAGAUGAUGCCUUAACUUUCCUUGUCUCUCUAGCAUGUUUAUUUCCUUUCCCUAGAUGUGUUUUCCUACCCAGUGAGUACGUGAGAAUUCCUUGUUCUUCUCAUUUAAUAUUUCUUAGUUUUCAGCAUAUACCAUCUCCAUCUAGGUCACUCACUAGAUUUCUUCCUGUUGCAAGGAGGGACAAAUGUCAAUGGGGGCUCACAAAAUGAGAACUCCCUGCCCCCAAGGACUUCUGCCAGGUGAGUUCUCAACAGGUGGAAGCUUCUGCAGAGGGUCUCUCUGUUGUGUGCUUGCUUGUGUAGUGCACUUUGGCAAUGCUGCCUUGGACGGUGGGAAAGCUGGGUCAAACCUCCAAGUCCUUGAAGCUACAUUUCGCUUUCAGCUGGUGAAGUGCUACUUGAAACCUAUGUCUUGCAGGUACUGUUAGGUUUUUCCCUCCGGAAGGGAAUUGUACCUUAGCUAUACCUCUGACCCCAGGUAUUUAUUUUUUUUUAGCCCCAUGCUGCUUCUUGCUAGCCCUUUAACCUUGCUAAGCUAAUAUUCAUUCCUUGUAUGAAAGCGUUCUGUGGAAAGGCAAAAUGUCAACAGUAUCAGUGCCUCAGAGUGCCUCCAUCUGGCUUUCACAGGAGAUGCUUGAAUGUCAUAAGGAAGGUCACUGCUGGGCAAGAGAAACCUGCCCAAUGCAGGAAAUUCUCUUGGUAUCGCACUUUAAAUCCUCUUCUACCCAGAUUUCCAGGCCACUGUCACAUACCCAGCUUGGACAGCUCGGUGAGGGUGUUACUUAAGCACUUUGGCUUCUGAGUAUCUGUUUCCUUUACGUGCUUUCCCAGUUCACCUCUUCGUGGCAUUUUAGCAGAAGUGUUACACAUCUUCCAUUGCUUGCUCUGGAUGUCUGGUAGAAAAUACACUCCUAAAUGAAAAGACCAGCUGUCAGUGAGAACUGCAGCAUAAGUAUUGUGGUGUUAAUGAGAAUAGUUUAAUGGAGAUGUUCCCGUCUGGUGUAAUUGUGCCUAACGCUGUUCAGACAAUUUAUGGAGCUGUUGCAUCAGGCUUUUGCACAGGGAUCUACCAGUUGGCUGUGGCACGUUUGCUUAAGCCUGUUCAGCAACACAGAGAUUUUAGCCUCCAUCAGGUAGCAGGUGAUGUACAAGCAUGUGCUGUCUUCCUAAUGACCACUAAAGUGGUUUAUGUGUAACAGGAGUAACAACUUCAAGUAGGGGUUUUCAGAAGACACGUAGGGCUUAGGAGAAAAGGGUUCACUUGUGGUUUCUGCUACAGAUAUUGUCUGCUUACUCCCUCAAACUGAUUAACCACUUGAUGUCAAAUUGCUGCUCUCUGUCAACAAGGACUAAUUCAUCCCAGUCUCACGGUUAUUAAGGUAAAAUAUUUUUAAUGUAUUUUGGAAAAUGCUAGCAGAGAGAAUUGGAGUCUUGAAAGAAAUGAGCUGCCUUGCAUAUAGAAGUUCAUCUAGCUGAAUGCUAGUUACAGGUCACCAUGACAGUUUGCUUUGCCGUAGCUGGUUAGAGAGUGUUUUAAGUGUACCACAACCAUGAGAGGUUGCAUUAUGUCUGUCUUGAUUAAACUGAUAGUUCAUAAAGCGUCUUCCCGUAUUGCCCACUGAGUGUGGUAAUUAACUUCCCAUCAUGUAGUGCAGCUCUUUCUCCAUCUAUCAGCCAAAGGCCUUGAAUCUUCUCUCCUCCAGACUAAGACUCCCUAGCCUGUUUAGUUAUUGUUUUUAAUGAAAGGCAUCCAGUAACUGUGAUUAUCCCUGUUGCUCUUCCCUGCAGUCUUUCUGGUCUUACUUCUUUCUUUUUUUGAGACAGAAGUUUUAGAAUCCUAUGGAUAUUAAAUGAGGAGGUUUCUUUUCACUAUUCUCAGUGGUUGUCAAAUCAGACCUUACUCGUCUCCAGCUUUUACCCUCUUCCCUGACAACCUCAAGAUCUGCAAGUCUGGGUGGGUUAGCAACUGAAAUUAAAAUUUAGAAUUAGAACAUUUUUGUCUUUGUGUUUUCUUAAUGUAAUGUUCUAGUUAAUUUCUAUUAUAUACAUCCUGGGUUUUGAUAAGAAGGCUUAAGAUACCUAAAGCAGACUUCUGACUAAAGAGACAUUUAAAUGGAAACCCUAUCCAUUUGGCUAUUUUUUUAGAAAGAAUAUUAGGACACAAUUACUUUCUGUGAAAAGAUCUGCAUGGGCUUCUUUUUUAAAGAAGAAAAAGAAUUAAUUUCAUUACCUUGAAAGAUACUGUGAGAUGGAAUCAUUGGGUCUGGUCCACUCUGCUACAGACUCCUUUUAUUUUGUAGGCAUUUAAUAGGAAGAAGACUGCAAUGUGUUUUAGUCCCUGUUGACCCAAUUUGAUCCAGUUCUUAAAAAGAUCACGGUAAUAUUUUCAAUAUUUUGAUCUGUCAGCUCACCCACUUUGUACUUUUCCUUUAUUAAGUACUCAUAAAUGAGUGAAAAACUAGGGUUUUCUUAAUCAAUACCAACAAAUUAGACAGCUUGCAAAAUGGUUAAAAAAUAGUCAAGCACAUAUAUAUACUGCCAAAGAAAAAUCCAGUACCAUAAAAACGAUUCCAGAUAAUUUGCAGGCAGGAUAUAUGCAUAGAUUUCUUGGAACUUCGUAUUCACUAUUUAGAACUAAAACUGGUGAUACUUACAGAUGUACCUGUUGAAAUUAAUCUAUACCCAUGUUAUUAUACAAAAAUAUUUCAUAGGACAUAGAGUACUUUCCCAAGAAAGGGAACAUUCUUUUACUGUGUUAUGCAGGCUUACAACAAGAAAAACAUUACAGAUGAUGAGGAAUAGCUAUUCAGAAUCCCUGUUUUAGAAAUGAUCUGUUGUGAUACUAAAAAUAAAAUGCAACUGUGUA